AAACGAGAAAGAAAAUCGAAGGUUUCUUUGUGUUCGCUGCAGGAUUUCAUCGAUUGGCAAUCCUAAAUUAACAUAAUCAUGUUUAGAAGGAAACUUACUGCACUAGAUUAUCACAACCCGAACGGAUUUGACUGCACAGAUGAGACCCAGUUCAGGAACUGUGUUGUGUGGCUGGAGGAUCAGAAGAUAAGACACUACAAGAUCGAGGACAGAGGGAACCUAAGGAACAUCCCCAGCUCAGAAUGGCCUAAAGCUUAUCAGAAGUAUCUGCAGGACGUCAACUGUCCGUUCGGAGUUCAGGAGAGACAAGAGGCCGUGGACUGGUUACUGGGUCUGGCUGUUCGAUACGAAUAUGGAGAUAAUGUGGAUAAAUAUAAGAACUGUCCUCCACUGGCAGCAUCCACCAACAGUGACAAAGCAGCCGACCCUCUGGUCAACCUCGACAGUAAUUCACCUGAAUUUAAGGCAGGAGUAACAGCUCUGGCCAACAUUCUAAAAAUCCAGCGUCAUGACGACUACCUGGUGAUGCUGAAGGCCAUUCGUAUUCUCAUCCAGGAGAGACUGUCACCAGAGGCAAUUACUAAAGCCAGUCAGAAGAAAGAGGGAGUUCCAGUUGCCUUAGAUAAACACACUCUGGGCUUUGACACUGGAGACGCCACCCUAAACGAAGCGGCUCAGAUCCUUCGCCUCCUCCACAUCGAGGAGCUGCGGGAGCUGCAGACAAAGAUCAACGAGGCCAUCGUGGCCGUGCAGGCCAUCAUCGCUGACCCCAAGACUGACCACAGGCUGGGCAAAGUGGGCAGAUGAGGACCAGGACACAAAAGAACUGAUCCACAGAAGACUUGAGUUGGAUUCUGAGAAGACUGAGAUGUUUUGUUUCUUUUGUGGUGGACGUAUUUGAGUUCAGAUCCGAUCAGCUCAGAGCAGACGAUCUUCUUACGUUGAGUUGUUUCUUCAGAGACUGAGGUUGAACUUUGUCAUCAUCUUCUCGCUGCCGUCACGUUUUUCUGUAAAUAAAAACUGGGAAACCUA